GUUUUUUUAAGGACUCAUGCUUAGCUGUUUAUAACUGUUGUAAAAUCGACGAUAAUUAAAAUUCUUGUCUAAUUUUGGUUUACAGAGUAUAUCAAGGUGGUUUGAGGUGUGUCCAAGAUGACGUCGUUGCUGGUACGUGGCACGCUACUGACGUGGGUGAUUGGCUGCAUGCGUGAGGGUCAGGCACAAAUGGACACGAGAUGCGAAUCGCCGACCCUACCUGAGCCAUGCAAUCUGCAGGUCAUUUACCCCGACCCCAUUGGGAUCACAGCCUGUUACGCAACAUUCGAGAUUGGUGAUCGAGACACCGUCGUCCGUAGAGCACCGAAAAUAAGGGCUGCUCUAAAAGUUAUGCCAGUAGAUGACGUCCUGAUCUACAUGAUAGACAUGGACACCAGCAAGGUCCACUGGGUAGCUGAAGGGAAGGUCAGAGAAGAUUGCUUGGUGAAAUUUCACAGACAGGUUAUUC